AUGGAGCAAUUAUCUAAUGGCGUCGGAGAUCACUUCCCGUCAGCUCCGGCUCCUCUUAAACAGCCUUUCGUGAUCGGUGUUGCUGGUGGAACCGCCUCAGGGAAGACAACGGUAUGCGACAUGAUCAUGUCUCAGUUACACGAUCAACGUGUCGUCCUUGUGAACCAAGAUUCAUUUUAUCAUUCGCUUAGUGAAGAGAAAUUAAAGAAGGUUCACGAAUACAAUUUCGAUCAUCCUGACGCGUUCAACACGGAGGUUUUGCUUUCUUGUAUGGAGAAACUACGGUCUGGACAACCAGUGAGUAUCCCUAGCUAUGAUUUCAAAACCCACAAGAGCAUUGAAUCAGCUAGUCCGGUUAACCCAGCUGACGUAAUCAUCUUAGAAGGGAUAUUGGUUCUUAAUGAUCCUCAAGUUCGUGACCUCAUGAACAUGAAGAUCUUUGUUGAUACAGAUGCUGAUGUACGUCUCUCGAGGAGAAUACAACGUGAUACUGUCCAGAGAGGAAGAAAUAUCCAAAACGUGCUUGAACAGUAUACAAAGUUUGUGAAGCCGAGCUUUGAUGAAUUCAUCCAGCCAUCGAUGAAGUAUGCUGAUAUAAUCAUUCCACGAGGAGGAGACAAUGAUGUUGCAAUUGACCUCAUUGUUCAACAUAUCCGUACAAAGCUAUGCCAACACAAUCUCUGUAAGAUAUACUCAAACAUCUUCAUCAUAUCUUCUACCUUCCAGAUCAAAGGAAUGCAUACACUUAUCCGUGAUGUCAACACUACAAAGCAUGAUUUCGUCUUCUACGCUGACCGAUUGAUUCGAUUGGUUGUGGAACAUGGACUUGGUCAUCUUCCUUUCACAGAGAAACAGAUAACUACUCCAACAGGAUCAGUGUACACUGGAGUUGACUUUUGCAAGAGAUUGUGUGGCGUCUCUGUAAUCAGAAGUGGAGAAAGCAUGGAGAACGCUCUAAGGGCUUGCUGCAACGGAAUCAAGAUUGGUAAAAUCUUAAUCCACAGAGAGGACAACGAUGGUCGUCAGUUGAUAUAUGAGAAGUUACCAAAAGAUAUCGCAAGCAGACAUGUCUUCCUCCUUGACCCUGUUCUAGCUUCAGGUAACUCUGCGGUGAAGGCUAUAUCUUUGCUUACUAGCAAGGGAGUUCCAGAGUCACAUAUCAUCUUUCUUAACCUCAUAGCAGCACCUCAAGGUAUUCAUGCGCUCUGCAAGAAACAUCCGAUGGUAAAGAUUGUGACUUCGGAGAUCGAUGCAUCACUCAAUGAGGACUCGCGUGUGAUUCCAGGCCUUGGAGAAUUUGCAGACCGUUACUUUGGUACUGACAAUUCAAAAAAGCUCCAACCUGGUCUGCAAAUCUCAAAGUAA